CCAAGAUGGCCGCGUCCUGUGAAGAGAAUCAGAAUGCACCGUGCCGAGAAGAAAUGCUCAGAGAACUUAGCUCACAAUUCCUAGAAAUGGUGCCAGUUCGCAGAAUGAAACUUAGGGAUGAGUAUGCAGACAGUUUGGUGACUUAUGCUGAAGGACAGAGACGCAUCCUGCAGAGCACCAUCCUGCAUCCAGUGUGUCGGGUGUACCCCCCCUCUCUCAGCUACAGGAGAUACUUCAUGAAGCAGCUCAUCCACAGGCUGGAGGACUACCCCACAGAGGUGUGUGAUGAAGUGUACGAAGCCUACACGGACCUGCUGGGGCAGCAGGAAGAGGAGGAUGACACUCUCUGCUACAAGACAUACACGCUGCCACUGGGUGAUCAGAUAUCUCUACAAGAGUCCGUGCACCUCGUGUCUCAGGGCACGACUGGCCUCAGCACCUGGCAGGCAGCACAGCAUUUGGCAGAAUGGGUUUUUGAAAAUCAAAAUAUUUUGCAGAACAGGAAUGUGUUGGAGCUGGGAAGUGGCUUGGGGUUGACGGGCGUGGCUGUCUGUCGCCAUUGUGGGGGCAAGCUCAUCAGCUACACCUUCAGUGACUGUCACCCUCAAGUGUUGUACAUGUUAGCUAGAAACAUUGAACUCAAUCUCAACCACAACAUUCAGAAAUCCGAUCCCGGCUCAGACAGGGACAAGAAAAUUCUCCGAAAAAUACGAAGGCAACUCAGCCUGAAUGCAGAAACAGGCUUAUGUGAUACUGAGAGACUUGAGAAUGAGGCUGUGACCUCCCCCACAAGGUCAGAAGAGGAGACAAAUCAUAACGAGGACCCUGAUGAGAUUCACACUGAUCUGGAGGACUUGGAGCUGAGUCACCGCCACUGGAAGCUGGAUGAGACAGGCUUGCGGGGCACUUUGAAGAAGGAUGACAGAAUUCGGAUUGCCAAGCUUGACUGGGAAUGUGUCAGUGAUAAGCUGGUGGAGAAACUCAAGCCAGAUGUUAUUCUGGCAGCAGAUGUGGUGUUUGACACAAGCAUCAUCCCGGCCCUCGUGUCCCUGCUGCGUCAGCUCCUCACCUGCACCCCCGACACAGGGCAGGACCCUGUUGCCUACAUCACCUCCACCGUCAGGAAUGAGGACACCCGCGACUGCUUCCUAAUUGCCCUAGGAAAUGAAGGUCUGGCAUAUUCUAUAAUGGAGCCGCCAACAACGCACAUAUUUCAUUAUGACAGAUCGGUCCCUAUCGAGAUAGUGAAGAUAUUUGUGCAGUGAAGUGUCCCAGCAUAUUGACUGUGACAUGACCGUGCAUGUAUGGAGAGAUAUGUCGGUCUGUCCUCAGUGUGACAAUCACGUCCCCACACCGCUGAUGUAACUGCACUGUGUCUGUGUCAUACACAAAAGCUUGGACUUAA